AUGUCUUCACCAUAUGCCGUUCUUGGCAAUAGGCCAAUUGAUCAAUGGAAGGUCACUGAGCUAAAGGAGGAACUGAAGAGGCGUAAAUUGACAGUCAAGGGGUUGAAGGAAGAUUUGGUAAAGCGGUUGGACGAAGCUAUUCGCAAUGAAAGUGACAGUUCCAAGGGAAAUACUGAUAGCGAUUUUGAUAUUGCUGUCCAGCCUGAGUUGGAGUCUGAACAAGCUAUGACUGAACCAUUUGUUUCUGAAACUGCUAAGGAUCUUAAGGACACUGGAAACAACUUUAUUGAGAAGGUAGAUGGCGGAAUGUGCGAGAUUGAGGUUGAUGAUAUCAAAGGAACACUGGAUAAAGGAAAAGUAGAAGAAGAGGAAAUAAUCCAUGGAAGUGAUUAUGUUGGGGUGGAAAGGGAGCAGGCUACUACUUCGGAAACCAGUGUCAUGGUCGAUAGGCUUAAGUCCGUGACAGCAUUUAAUGUGCAACCCUUAAACAGCAAUGAAACAAAGAACGAGAAUGGAGAUUCAACUGUACAGAUGGAUGAUGAUGACUUGAAGUCUUCUCAGCAGGAUGCUAAGCUGAACCUGUCUGAUUCAAAUAGUCAGGUGUCUGAGGUUAGUGAAAGUGGGGUGUCUAUGAUACCUUUGGGUGGGUCAAAUGCUCAAAAUUGUGAAAUCCCGACUGAAUCCAGGAAGUCAGAGAUGCAGCUUGAAAAUGAUGGCUUGAAGUCGCUUCAAAUGGAUGCGAAGCUCAACUCGGCUGAUAUAAACUAUCAGGUAUCUGAGGUCAACUCUGAGUUAAGGGUUCAAGUAAUUUCUGAUUCUGUUUCUACUGAAUCUGUCUCCCUUACUGAGAAAAAUGAAUUAAAGGUUGAUUUAGUUGCUGAUGAUGUCAAAUUCAUAGAACAUAAGCCUGAAAUGGUGCAGUCGCUAUCCAGCAAUGUUUUCCCUGAUGGUGGUGAAUCCUAUCCCAUAGAUGAAGAGUCACGUGACAACAAGGUAUCUGUGGAAGAGGCAGGUGGCAGCAAUGUUGAAAAUGUAGAUACUCUCAAGAAAAAUAAUGCUGGAAAAUUGGGUUCGCGUGAACAGUUAAGUUUAGACCAAACAUCUGUCAAUGAUUCCAUGGAAGAGGAUGUAUUGGAGAGUAAACAGAUGGAUUCUAAAUCUAACUGUGAUAAAAUGAGAGAGAGAGGUGAUAAAACUGAAAUGCCAACUAUGAAUUCUAAGUCUAACUUCGAUGAAAUGAGAGAGAGAGGUGAGAAAACUGACAUGACUGUUGUGAACGAGGAAGAUUGUGUUGAUGUUGUUGGUGAUGAUAACGUAGCUGAGCCUUUAGAUAACAAUGUUGGAAGCAAGAAUGAAUCUGCUCCUACAUCCGUUAAAAGAAAAUCUAUUGAUCAGGGAGCAGUUGGAAACAAUGACGUUGUAAAGAGGCAGCGAAGGUGGAACUCGGAAGCCCUUAAGGUUCCUGAACCGCAAAGUGGUAAUAUAGUGGGUUCUAUCACACCUAAGGAUCCAUUUAAGCCUGCUUUCAAGCGCAGCUUCUCUAGAUCUGACUCUACAGUCAGUGAAGAAACGCCAAAGGAGCGUGUGGUUCCACCAUCAGCAAAGCCUCACACGACUGCUCUCAGAAUUGAUAAUUUUCUGCGCCCUUUUACUUUGAAAGCAGUUAAAGAACUCCUUGGAAAAAGGGGCACAAUCACCAAUUUCUGGAUGGACCACAUCAAAACCCAUUGUUAUGUUUCUUAUUCUUCUGUUGAAGAAGCUGUAGAAACUCGUAAUGCAGUAUACAAUCUCCAGUGGCCUUCAAAUGGGGGACGCUUGUUGGUAGCCGAGUUUGUUGAUCCUCAAGAAGUUAAAACACGGGUAGAGGCGCCUCCCCUUUCUCCUGCAACUCCUUUAGGCAGUGCUCCUAACUUCUCUCCUGCUCAACCCACUGUGCAACUCCUUCAGCCUUCUCCACGCCAACAGGUUCAGAGGCAGCAUCUUCCUCCACCACCUUUACUUCCUCCUCCACCGCCGUUGGCUAACCUACUCCCCGCCAGGGAACGCCCACAAUUAGAAAGGGAACCCCUGCAAAAGGAACAGCCACUUCCUGCAAGGGAACGACUUAAUCUUCCACCACCACCUCCACUUGCCGAGAAAGUUGACCCCCCAAUUGUCACUUUGGAUGAUCUCUUCAGGAAAACUAAAGCAACCCCACGUAUCUACUACUUACCAUUGUCCGAUGAACAAGUUGCAGAAAUGCUAAAGGCACAAGGAAAGAAUGCUCAGCAGUAG